AUGGCGCCUAUACCGGCAGAUCGCAAUAAACAGUUUACAGUCGAUCGAGAGCCCCUUCGCAAUAAUGACACCUUGCAACUCAUUAAGUCAAAAGUCAGAGGACCAGUCACCUUCUUGAAUCCAACACAAGCAAGCUACGAACACAAGAUACAAAUACCGCCCAGCCGAGACCACCUUGGUCGCACCACAGCGCCUCUUAGCACGACGGACUUGGUCCCGCCAGCUGGAGCUCCCACCCUAUCCGCCGCCAAUAUCGAGUACAAAUGGACAGCUCGAGACAACCGUAAAGGUCGACAUACUCUCGUCACAAAAAGUCCUUCUGUAGAACAUCCAGAGACCAACGUCGCACCCCCCCGAAGCACUACUCACUGGCGAUCCAUCCUGCAUACGAUAUGGUUGAUGAUAUCGUUCUACCCUGUAUGGGACAUAUCGUGGUGCGUGGCUUACAUCUUCACCCUGGGAAGUGUUUUGUGGGUAAUCAACUCGCUCUUUGUCUUCCUUCCUCUGAUCCGUCCCUCAUCAACAUUCCACAAUGAAGCUCUUGUCGGUGGAGGAAUCACCGCUUUCAUCGGAGCCACCAUUUUCGAGAUUGGAAGUGUGUUUUUGAUGUUGGAAGCCAUAAACGAGAAUCGAGAAGGCUGCUUUGGGUACGCAGUAGAAUCAGUGUAUGAUGAGUAUGUUGGUAGGACUGAGAUUGGCGAUGAAGGCGGCUUGAGGGUUGUGCCUAGAGAUGACGCUUGCACCCACCAUCACCGCAACAAAACAAACUUGGUGGGCAAGCCACCUGUCCUAGACUCAGAAAAACAACGAUCAGGCAAGACCAACUCGUGGGUUUGGUGGCCUUCUUGGGCCGAGCUCAAAAAUCACUAUUUUCAUGAGCUCGGCUUCAUCGCUAGCCUGAGCCAGUUGCUGGGUGCUACCGUUUUCUGGAUAAGCGGACUCACAGCCCUUCCUGAAAUUCUCAAUGUCCUCUCUCCCGGUUUGAACGAUGGAAUCUACUGGACACCCCAGGUCAUCGGUGGUAGCGGCUUCAUUGUGUCGGGAUGGUUGUUCAUGAUCGAGACUCAGAAGCAUUGGUGGCAGCCUGCGCCAACAGUUUUGGGAUGGCACAUUGGUCUCUGGAAUUUUAUAGGUGGCAUCGGGUAG